CACCCAUCGUUUCUGUGGAGGGAAGUUGGGGAGGCUCUUUGGCGGCUUGGAAAACGAUUAAACUCAAAAGUUAACUGGCUUGAACGCAAAACGUAAAACUCAAAGUGGAAUAUCAGUUUUGGACCCUAGUGGACGGCAAGUGAUGAGCUUUCUUUUCUAAGGUUGUCGGAAAUACUACAGGAAUCUUUCUCGGGACAAAAACACCAUAAUCAUGGAUGAGAAUGAAGAAAUUGACGAGUAUGAGGAAGAGGAGAUUUUUGAGGAAGAGUAUUUUGAGGAGACAGUGUCUUCGACCACCUCUCACCAGGCCUCAAGUCAAGUGGCACAAGAGGGUGUGCCUGUCAGGAGAGUCAUCAGGAAGAGGGCUAAGGUGGACACUUCCAAGUUCAUGACUCCUUACCUGGCCCACAGCCAGAAGAUGAUGGACUUGUUCUCCCACAACAAGUACCGACAAGCCUAUGACGAGAGUAAGGGUCAACCCUAUGCCAUCUCAGCUGACACCCCGGAGAUGAUUAGGAUCAAAAAGGCUCAGGAGCAGCUCUCUGAGGUGAAGUAUCGCAUGGAGGGUAAUAAAGUCAGGUGUACCAGUCUGUACGACGGGGAGGCCAGAGAGAUCGCUCAUGUCAAGCACGUCUCGGAGCUGAUCAGCAAGGUUCUCUACAGGGCCAAGUGGGAUGAGACCAAGGACAGGUACCUGCUCCCCCCUGACGCCCCUGAGCUUGUCCUGGCUGUGAAGAAUGCUGCCAACUACAGCAAGAAACACUACACGGAGGACUGGGAUGAGGACAAGACCACUUUCUACCCCUACAGUGACUCUCCGGAGCUGCGUCGGGUGGCCAAGGCACAGGAGGCGCUGAGUGAUAUCCUGUAUAAGAAGGGUCACGUUGAGCGUACGGCGAAGUACACCUCUCUGGCUGUCCCUCCCGAUAUGGAGCUGGCCAAGAAGAAUUUUGAACAGCUUAGUGACCUCAAGUACCGGGAACAUUACAACAAGAAUGUCAAGGGCAAGUGGUGCGAGACACCCUACUUUGAUGUGGCUGUUGGCAGGAUGGCCAUGGACAACCUCAGCGACAAAAAGUACACGGCUGCAUACGAGGACAUCAAAGACCAAAUCUAUUAUAUGCAAACUGAGACGCCAGAAUAUAAACAGCACAAGAAGGCUGGUCAUGCCAGUAGCUCGUUAAGAUACAAGAAAGACUAUGAGAAGAACAAAGCGGUGGCCGACUACAAUGUUCUUCCAGCUACUGAAAACCCUCUUCUCAGGCAGAUGAGAUACGCUGGCACCAUCUUAAGUGACAAAGUGUAUAAGGCCAGCUAUGAGAAAUCAAGGGGGUCCAGUAUCAACUACUGUGACACGCCCAAAUUCCAGAUGGAUUCUGUUAUAAAGCGGUUCAGUGAUGCACAUUAUAAAGACAAGUAUGAGCGAGAGGUCAAGGGCCACUAUAUUGGAAGCUACGAAGACAUCUACAUGCUUCACUGCAAGAAAAUGGAGGAGAUUAAGAACGAGCAAAAUUACAAAGCAGAUUAUGAGGACAUCAAGACAAAAUGUUUCUUCCCUCAAACCAUGACGCCAGAAUACGAAGCAACAAAGAAACUUGCACAGUGUAAAGAUAAAGUUUACCGGCAACACCCGGGCACGGUUAAAUUCACGCAAGUAACGGACUCACCUGUACAAGUACAAGCCGCCAUUAACGCCAAACAGCUGAGUGAUCUCAACUACCACGCAGCGUAUGAGUUGGAUAAGUAUAAGUGUGCCCUGCCCCCAGACUACCCCUUCUUUAUCCAGUCCAGAGUUAACGCAUAUAACCUCAGUGACAAUUGUUACAAGUACGAUUGGGAGAAGAAAAAAGCGAAGCAGUUCGAAGUCAAGGGUGAUGCUAUCUCGAUCCUCGCAGCCCGUGCCCACACAAACAUAGCUAGUGACGUCAAGUACAAGAAGGAAUUCGAGAAGAACAAGGGAAAGAUGGUGGGAGCUCUCAGCAUCAACGACGACCCCAAGCUACUGCACUCAAUCCAUGUGGCCAAAAUGCAGAGCGAUCGUGAGUACAAGAAGAACUAUGAGAAGACAAAAACCAAGUACAUUACCACCCUGGACAUGAUCUCCAACACCCUGGCCAAGAAAUCCCAGGGAAUCGCCAGCAUGGUUGGCUACAGAACCAUCCAGAACCGCUACUUCAUGCCUUAUGACGCCAUUCCUAUUGACCUGGCCAAGAAGGCCAACAUCAUUCAGAGUGAAAAUGACUACCGUUCAGAAUACAACAGCUUCACAAAGGGAUGUGGUUGGAUCCCAUUUGGCUCCAUAGAUGUGGAAAAGGCCAAGAAAGCUGGUGACAUCCUCAAUGAGAAAAAGUACCGUCAGCACCCGGACACCAUCCACUUCACCUCCAUUGCUGACCACCCUGUCAUGAUGCAGGCCAAGGUCAACCAGCUUAUGAGGAGUGAUCUUCACUACAAAAAGGGUCUUGAGGAAAUCCACCAGAAAUACUCUCUGCCCCAUAACGAUCCCCAGUUCCUCCAGGCCAGAUGCAAUGCCUACAACAUCAGCAAGAACUGCUACAAGAAAAGCUGGGAGGAAAUAAUUGCAAAGGGAUAUGACUUGAGGCCAGAUGCCAUCUCGGUCAUUCAUGCUAAGCAUGGCAGACAUAUUGCCAGUGAUAUACAAUACAAGAAAGAAUAUGUGAAGGGAAAAGGCAAACAUAUCGGCUGCCGCAGUAUUCAGGACGACCCCUUGCUGGUGAACUACAUGCAGGUGGCCAAAAUGCAGAGUGAACGAAACUACAAGAAGGACUACCACAAGUCCAAGCUGAAGUACCACUCUCCAGUUGACAUGCUGAGUGUUGCUCAGGCCAAACACGCCUCCACAGUCCAAACCUAUGCCGGCUACAGGAAGAUCCAACACCAUUACAGUCUUCUCCCUGAUGCUAUGAACAUUCGGUUGGCUCGCAACAUGAACACCAUUGUCAGUGAUGUGAACUACAAAGAGGACUGGGAGAACUCUGUGAAGGGAACUGGCUGGAUCCCCAUCGGCUCCCUCCCUGUGGAGCUAGCCAAGACGGCCGGGGCCGCUCUGGAUGAGCGCAAGUACAGACAACACCCUGACAAAUUUAAAUUCACCAGCAAGAUGGAUGCCAUGAAUAUGGAGCUGUGCAAGCAGAACAACAAAAUUAUGGACACUAAAGAAUAUAAGGCCAGUGGAGAGAAGUUUGUGCACACUUACCAUCUCCCUGCAGAUGCACCCGGGUUUAUACAAGCCAGAUACAAUGCUGUUAACCUCAGCCAGAACUUUUACACGUACGCUCACCGUCAAGAUAUUCUUAAAGGACACCACAUGAAGGCUGACGCCAUACCCAUCGUCGCUGCCAAGGCCGGCACUAACAUUGCCAGCAAUUACAAGUACAAGCUGGCUUACGAGAAGGGAAGAGGCAAACAUGUUGGCUUCCGCAGUAUUCAGGACGACCCCUUGCUGGUGAACUACAUGCAGGUGGCCAAGAUGCAGAGUGAUCAGAACUACAAGAAGGACUACCACAAGUCCAAGCUGAAGUAUCACUCUCCAGUUGACAUGCUGAGUGUUGCUCAGGCCAAACACGCCUCCACAGUCCAAACCUAUGCCGGCUACAGGAAGAUCCAACACCAUUACACUCUCCUUCCUGAUGCUAUACCCCUUCAGCUGGCUCGCACCAGGAUGGAUAUCCAGAGCGAUAAUGCCUACAAGUCUGACUUCAUCAACGUGUACAGGGGUUCUGGCUGGGUUCCUAUUGGCUCUGUGGGCGUGGAGUUGGCUAAGCAAGCUGGUGCGGCCAUGGCUGAGAAGGGCUACCGUGUGCACCCCAGCACCCUGAGGUUCACCAGUCUGACGGACCAGAUGAACAUGGCCCUGGCCCAGGCCAACACCAAGAUGCUUAACGAUACUGCAUACAGGGCGUCAGGAGAGAAAUUCAUGCACACCUACCACCUGCCAGUGGACACCCCUGGGUUCCUUCAGGCCAAGUACAAUGCCCAGACCAUGAGUGAGUCUCACUACAAACACAAGUGGCUGAAAGAUAUUGCCAAAGGAUAUGACAUGAAGCCUGAUGCCAUCUCUGUCAUCCAUGCUAAGCACGGCAGACAUAUUGCCAGUGAUAUCCAAUACAAGAAAGAAUAUGUGAAGGGAAAAGGCAAACAUAUCGGCUGCCGCAGUAUUCAGGAUGACCCCUUGCUGGUGAACUACAUGCAGGUGGCCAAAAUGCAGAGUGAACGAAACUACAAGAAGGACUACCACAAGUCCAAGCUGAAGUACCACUCUCCAGUUGACAUGCUGAGUGUUGCUCAGGCCAAACACGCCUCCACAGUCCAAACCUAUGCCGGCUACAGGAAGAUCCAACACCAUUACAGUCUUCUCCCUGAUGCUAUGAACAUUCGGUUGGCUCGCAACAUGAACACCAUUGCCAGUGACUAUGAAUACAAAGCUGACUGGAACACCUGUGUGAGGGGAAUUGGAUGGGUUCCCAUUGGUUCAUUACCAGUGGAGCUUGCAAAGGUUGGCGGGGAUAUCCAAAGUGAGAAGAAGUACCGUUCACACCCUUCCAAAUUCCAGUUUAAGAAGCUGAUGGACUCCAUGGACAUGGUCCUGGCAACUGACAACAACAAGAUCAUGAACAAGCAAGAAUACACAAAGAAAUGGAACAAGGACAAGCUUUCAGUCCAUGUGAUGCCGGAUGCCCCUGAGAUUAUCCUGGCCAAGGCUAAUGCUAUCAACAUGAGCCAGAAACUCUACAAAGCUGGCCUAGUGGAAAUGUGUAAGAAGGGAUAUAACCUCAAAUCUGAUGCCGUCUCCAUUCUGGCUGCCAAGCAAGGCACUACUAUUGCCAGUGACUACAAGUAUAAGCUGGCAUACGAGAAGGGAAGAGGCAAACAUAUCGGCUGCCGCAGUAUUCAGGACGACCCCUUGCUGGUGAACUACAUGCAGGUGGCCAAAUUGCAGAGUGAACGAAACUACAAGAAGGACUACCACAAGUCCAAGCUGAAGUACCACUCUCCGGUUGACAUGCUGAGUGUUGCUCAGGCCAAACACGCCUCCACAGUCCAAACCUAUGCCGGCUACAGGAAGAUCCAACACCAUUACAGUCUUCUCCCUGAUGCUAUGAACAUUCGGUUGGCUCGCAACAUGAACACCAUUGCCAGUGACUAUGAAUACAAAGCUGACUGGAACACCUGUGUGAGGGGGAUUGGAUGGGUUCCCAUUGGUUCAUUACCAGUGGAGCUUGCAAAGGUUGGCGGGGAUAUCCAAAGUGAGAAGAAGUACCGUUCACACCCUUCCAAAUUCCAGUUUAAGAAGCUGAUGGACUCCAUGGACAUGGUCCUAGCAACUGACAACAACAAGAUCAUGAACAAGCAAGAAUACACAAAGAAAUGGAACAAGGACAAGCUUUCAGUUCAUGUGAUGCCGGAUGCCCCUGAGAUUAUCCUGGCCAAGGCUAAUGCUAUCAACAUGAGCCAGAAACUCUACAAAGCAGGUGUCGAGGCAAUGUUUAAGAAGGGUUACGACCUGAAGGUUGAUGCCAUUGCCAUCCAGGCAGCCAAGCUGGGUACCAGGAUUGCCAGUGACUACAAGUACAAGCUAGAUCACCAGAAGAAUAGGGGCAAACAAGUCGGCUGUCGCAAUCUUCAGGACGACCCCUUGCUGGUGCACUACAUGGAGGUGGCCAGAUUGCAGAGUGACAAGAACUACAAGAAGGACUACCACAAGUCCAAGCUGAAGUACCACUCUCCAGUAGACAUGCUGAGUGUUGCUCAGGCCAAACACGCCUCCACAGUCCAAACCUAUGCCGGCUACAGGAAGAUCCAACACCAUUACACUGUUCUUCCAGAUGCCAUGAACGUCGAGUUGGCCAAGAAGAUGCAGGAGAUAGUCAGUGAUAAUUUGUAUAAAAGUGAGUAUGACACUUACAUCAAAGGCACAGGAUGGGUUCCCAUUGGUUCUUUGGAUGUAGAGAAAGCCAAAACAGCAAGCCGGAUUGGAAGUGAGAAACUGUACCGCCAACACCCCAGUGGUUUUAAGUUCACCAAAGACAUGAACUCCAUGGACCUUGUCCUGGCCAGUGCCAACAAUGCCAUCAUGAACAAGAAAACAUAUGUUGAUGCCUGGAACAAGGAUAAGACCUCUAUUCACAUCAUGCCAGACUCAAUGGAGGUGGUUUUAGCCAGAGCCAACAAGAUAAUUACCAGUAAUACAUUGUAUAAGCUUGCCAAUGAACAAGACAAGAAGAAGGGUUAUGACUUGCGCAACGAUGCUAUUUCAAUCAAGGCAGCCAAACUGGGCACAACCAUUGCAAGUGAUUACAAGUACAAGACAGGCUACCGCAAGCAGGUUGGUCACCACAUUGGAGCCCUUAGUGUCCAGGAUGAUCCCCUGCUCAUGCUGGCUCUGAACUCAGCAAGAAUUGCCAGUGAUGCUCUUUACAAGAAAGACUUCCACAAGUCCAAGACCAGGUUCCACCUCCCAGUGGACAUGUUGGCUUUUGAGCUGUGCAAGAAGAACCAGAUCCAGGUCAACGACUUUAACUACAGAACUAAACUGCACAACUGGACUUGUCUGCCAGACUCCACUGAUGUCGUCCAUGCCAGACAUGUCUAUGACAUAGCCAGUGAUGCUAUGUACAAGGCUGACCUUAAGGAUUUGCAAGGUAUCGGAUGGGUUCCCAUUGGUUCACUUGAUGUUGAGAAGGCAAAGAAAGCUGGCGAAGUCCUGAGUGAGCGGCUGUACCGCCAGCACCCAAGCAACUUCAAGUUCACCUGCUCAGUUCAAGACAUGGGAUUAGUUUUGGCUAAACAAAACAAUGAAAUUGCCAACAAGCAAGCAUACACUGCGGCAUGGGAGAAGGACAAGACCAAGAUCCACAUUAUGCCAGAUGCAAUGGAUGUGGUUUUGGCCAAUGCAAAUAAGUCCAACUACAGUUUGAACCAAUACAGAAAAGCUCAUGAACAAAACAAGAAGAAGGGCUAUGAUAUGCGCCAAGAUGCCAUUCCUAUCAUUGCAGCCAAGCAUGGCAGGGACAUUAUCAGUGAUUACAAGUACAAGACAGGCUACCGCAAGCAGGUUGGUCACCACAUUGGAGCCCUUAGUGUCCAGGAUGAUCCUCUGCUCAUGCUAGCUCUGAACUCAGCCAGAAUUGCCAGUGAUGCUCUUUACAAGAAAGACUUCCACAAGUCCAAGACCAGGUUCCACCUCCCAGUGGACAUGUUGGCUUUUGAGCUAUGCAAGAAGAACCAGAUCCAGGUCAACGACUUCAACUACAGAACUAAACUGCACAACUGGACUUGUCUGCCAGACUCCACUGAUGUCGUCCAUGCCAGACAUGUCUAUGACAUAGCCAGUGAUGCUAUGUACAAGGCUGACCUUAAGGAUCUGCAAGGUAUCGGAUGGGUUCCCAUUGGUUCACUUGACGUUGAGAAAGCAAAGAAAGCUGGCGAAGUCCUGAGUGAGCAGCUGUACCGCCAGCACCCAAGCAACUUCAAGUUCACCUGCUCAGUUCAAGACAUGGGAUUAGUUUUGGCUAAACAAAAUAAUGAAAUUGCCAACAAGCAAGCGUACACUGCGGCGUGGGAGAAGGACAAGACCAAGAUCCACAUUAUGCCAGAUGCAAUGGAUGUGGUUUUGGCCAAAGCAAAUAAGUCCAACUACAGUUUGAACCAAUACAGAAAAUCUCAUGAAGAAAAUAAGAAGAAGGGUUAUGAUAUGCGCCAAGACGCCAUUCCUAUCAUUGCAGCCAAGCAUGGCAGGGACAUUAUAAGUGAUUACAAGUACAAGACAGGCUACCGCAAGCAGGUUGGUCACCACAUUGGAGCCCUUAGUGUCCAGGAUGAUCCUCUGCUCGUGCUGGCUCUGAACUCAGCCAGAAUUGCCAGUGAUGCUCUUUACAAGAAAGACUUCCACAAGUCCAAGACCAGGUUCCACCUCCCAGUGGACAUGUUGGCUUUUGAGUUGUGCAAGAAGAACCAGAUCCAGGUCAACGACUUUAACUACAGAACUAAACUGCACAACUGGACCUGUCUGCCAGACUCCACUGAUGUCGUCCAUGCCAGACAUGUCUAUGACAUAGCCAGUGAUGCUAUGUACAAGGCUGACCUUAAGGAUUUGCAAGGUAUCGGAUGGGUUCCCAUUGGUUCACUUGAUGUUGAGAAGGCAAAGAAAGCUGGCGAAGUCCUGAGUGAGCGGCUGUACCGCCAGCACCCAAGCAACUUCAAGUUCACCUGCUCAGUUCAAGACAUGGGAUUAGUUUUGGCUAAACAAAAUAAUGAAAUUGCCAACAAGCAAGCAUACACUGCGGCGUGGGACAAGGACAAGACCAAGACCCACAUUAUGCCAGAUGCGAUGGAUGUAGUUUUGGCCAAUGCAAAUAAGUCUAACUACAGUUUGAACCAAUAUAGAAAAGCUCAUGUAGAACAAAAGAAGAAGGGCUAUGAUAUGCGCCAAGACGCCAUUCCUAUCAUUGCAGCCAAGCAUGGCAGGGACAUUAUUAGUGAUUACAAGUACAAGACAGGCUACCGCAAGCAGGUUGGUCACCACAUUGGAGCCCUUAGUGUCCAGGAUGAUCCUCUGCUUGUGCUGGCUCUGAACUCAGCCAGAAUUGCCAGUGAUGCUCUUUACAAGAAAGACUUCCACAAGUCCAAGACCAGGUUCCACCUCCCAGUGGACAUGUUGGCCUUUGAGCUAUGCAAAAAGAACCAGAUCCAAGUAAACGACUUCAACUACAGAACUAAACUGCACAACUGGACCUGUCUGCCAGACUCCACUGAUGUUGUUCAUGCCAGACAUGUCUAUGACAUACAGAGUGAUGCUGUGUACAAGGCUGAUUUGAAAUGGCUCCAAGGAAUCGGGUGGGUCCCCAUUGGCUCACUUGAUGUGGAAAAAGCCAAGAAGGCCUCAGAGAUCUUGAGUGAGAGGAAAUACCGCCAGCACCCUAGUACUCUAGCCUUCAAAAGCCCCCUUGAUGGCAUGGAUAUUGUUCUGGCCAAAAGUAAUGCCCAGAUCAUGAAUAAGCGCCAGUACGUUGAACAGUGGAAUGCUGAAAAGAUCAAAAUCCAUGUUGGCAAUGAGCUUCCAGAGCUUGUGCUAGCCAAAGCCAAUGCAAUCACAAUGAACAAGAAACUAUACAAACAAGGCAUGGAGGAGACCAUCAGGAAGGGUUAUUUCCUUCCUGUUGAUGCAAUCACCAACAAGGCUGCCAAACAUGGUAGAGAAAUUAUUAGCGAUUACAAAUACAAGGCAGGCUAUCGGAAACAGGUUGGUCAUCACAUUGGAGCCCUCAGUGUUCAUGAUGACCCAUUAAUUGUGCUGGCUCUGAACUCAGCUAAGAUUGCCAGUGACGCUCUUUACAAGAAGGACUUCAACAAAUCAAAGACCAAGUUCCAUCUCCCAGUGGAUAUGCUGAGCAUUGAACUGGCCAAGAAAUGCCAGGUCCAGGUCAAUGACUUCAACUACAGGACUAAACUGCACAACUGGACCUGCCUGCCAGACUCCACUGAUGUCGUUCAUGCCAGAAAGGUCUAUGAUCUGCAAAGUGACGCUGUCUAUAAGGAAGACUUGGAGUUCAUUAGAGGUAUUGGCUGGGUCCCCAUCGGCUCUUUGGAUGUGUUGAAAGCCAAGAAAGCAGCAGAAAUUCUGAGCGAACGCCUCUACAGGCAGAAACCAGAGUCCUUUAAAUAUACCACUGACAUGCAAUCUAUGCCCAUGGUACUGGCCAAGUCCAAUGCCGAAAUCAAUAACCAGCGCCAUUAUGUUGAACAGUGGAAUGCUGAUAAGAUCAAAAUCCAUGUCGGCAAUGAGCUUCCAGAGCUCGUGCUGGCCAAGGCUAAUGCCCUCACCAUGAGCAAUAAACUCUACAAAGCUAACGUGCUGGAAAUCUUCAAUAAAGGCUAUAACCUCAAAAGCGACUGUGUCGCCAUCAAGGCUGCCAAGCAUGGUAGAGAGAUAAUCAGUGAUUACAAGUACAAGGCAGGCUACCGCAAGCAGGUUGGUCAUCACAUUGGAGCCCUCAGUGUCCAGGAUGAUCCUCUGCUUGUGCUGGCUCUGAACUCAGCAAGAAUUGCCAGUGAUGCUCUUUACAAGAAAGACUUCAAUAAGUCCAAGACUAAGUUCAACUUGCCAGUCGACAUGCUGACCAUUGAACUGGCCAAGAAAUGCCAGACUCAGGUCAACGACUUCAACUACAGGACUCGCCUGCAUAACUGGACCUGCCUGCCAGACUCCAGUGAUGUCGUCCAGGCCAGGAAGGUCUACGCUCUGCAUAGUGAUGCUGUGUAUAAAGCCGAUUUGGAGUGGCUCAGAGGCACUGGUUGGGUCCCUAUUGGCUCGAUUGAUGUUGAGAAAGCCAAGAAGGCUGCCGAAAUCCUGAGCGAGAGGAAAUAUCGACAGCAUCCAAGCAACUUUAAAUUUACCGCCAAAACUGAUGAUAUGCCUUACGUCUUAGCUUCUGCCAAUGCCCAGACAAUGGACAAGCGUGCAUAUGUUCAACAAUGGGAGGCUGAUAAGGUCAAGAUCCAUGUCGGCAAUGAGCUUCCAGAGCUUGUGCUAGCCAAGGCUAACGCCAUCACCAUGAAUAAGAAACUCUACCGUGAAGGAUUUGAAGAGAUGAGCAGACAGGGCUAUCACCUGGAUAAGGAUGCCAUUGCUAUUCUACACGCCAAGAAGGGCAGAGAGAUCAUCAGUGACUACAAGUACAAGGCCGGUUUCCGCAAUCAGUGUGGCCACCAUAUUGGAGCCCUGUGCAUUGAGGAUGACCCUCUAAUGAUGCUGGCUGCCAAUACAGCCAGGAUUACCAGUGAAAACAUUUACAAAAAGGACUUCAACAAAUCAAAGACCAAGUUCCACCUCCCAGCGGACAUGCUGAGCAUUGAACUGGCCAAGAAAUGCCAGGUCCAGGUCAACGACUUCAACUACAGAACUAAACUGCACAACUGGACCUGCCUGCCAGACUCCAGUGAUGUCGUUCAGGCCAGGAAGGUCUACGCUCUGCAUAGCGACGCGGUGUACAGGUCUGAUUUGGAAUGGCUCAGAGGGUGUGGGUGGUUGCCUGAGGGUUCAGUGGAUGUCAUUAAGGCUAAGAAUGCACAAACCAUCCUCAACGAAAGGCUAUAUCGCCAGCCUCCCAGCACUAUCAAGUUCACCAAUAUUGUGGACACUCCAGAGGUUGUCCUGUCAAAGCAAAAUGCUGCAAACCUCAGUGAUAGUAAAUAUAAAGAACAGUGGAAUGCGGACAAACUCCAGAUCCACCUGCCAAAUGACAUACCUUCAAUUCUGCUAUCCAAGGCGAAUGCCAUCGCCAUUAGUAAUAAACUAUAUACUAAGAAUUGGGAUAACGUAAAGGCUAAAGCAUACCAAAUCAAGGAGGAUGCUAUUGCUGUGCUGAAAGCCAAAAAAUCCAGAGACAUCAUCAGCGAUUAUAAAUACCACGAUGGCUACCGCAAGCAGGUUGGCCACCACAUUGGAGCCCUCAGUGUCAAUGAUGACCCUCUGAUCGUGCUGGCAAUGAACUCAGCAAGAAUUGCCAGUGACGCUCUUUACAAGAAGGACUUCAACAAAUCAAAGACCAAGUUCCACCUCCCAGCGGACAUGCUGAGCAUUGAACUGGCCAAGAAAUGCCAGGUCCAGGUCAAUGACUUCAACUACAGGACUAAACUGCACAACUGGACCUGUUUGCCAGACUCAACUGAUGUGGUCCAGGCCCGGAAAACCUAUGAGCUGCAGAGCGACGCGGUUUACAAGGCUGAUAUGGAGUGGCUGAGGGGAUGUGGAUGGAAUCCCCAUGAGUCUGUAGAUGUCCUUAAAGUGAAACACGCCCAGAAAGUCCUUGCUGAUAGGGGUUACCGCGUCAAGUUGGAUCAGCAGAAGUUCACAGCCCCUGUAGACAGAGUGGACUUGGUUUGUGCUAAGAACGCUGCAGAUGUCCUCAAUGAGGCUAAGUACCGUGCCGCCUGGCAUGCAGAGAAGACUAACUACAGUCUCCUGGACACCCCAGGACUAGUAACAGCAAGAGAGGUGGCCAAGAAUGUCCAUCCGAAACUGUACACCAAGGACUGGGACAAAGUCAAAGCCACUGGCUACUUCAUGCCUGGAGAUGCUGUUCCCAUUAAGCAGUGCAUCCAUAACAAUAAAGUCCAAAGCGACCACAAAUACAAGGCAAGCUACCGAAAACAAGUCGGUCACCACAUUGGAGCCCUCAGUGUCCAGGACGAUCCUCUGCUCAUGCUGGCCCUGAACUCAGCCAAGAUUGCCAGCGAUGCUCUUUACAAGAAAGACUUCAACAAGUCCAAGACCAAGUUCCGUCUUCCCGUAGACAUGUUGUCCUUUGAGCUGGCCAAGAAAUGCCAGAUCCAGGUCAAUGACAACAACUACAGGACCCGUCUACACAACUGGACCUGCCUGCCAGACUCCACCGACGUCACACAGGCCCGGAAAGCCUACGACCUCCAGAGUGACUUCGUCUACAAGGCUGACAUGGAAUGGAUGCGUGGCUGUGGAUGGGUGGCAGCCGAUUGUGUCGAUCACGUCAAAGUUAGGAAUGCCCAGAAGAUCAUGAACGAGAGGCUUUACAAGAAGGAUGCCAAAGACAACUUUGCCAAAUACACACACGUUGUGGAUCGUCCAGAGAUUCUACUGGCCACUGUUAAUGCUUUCAACCUCAGUGAUCUGAAGUACAAGGAGACAUUCAAUGCAGAAAAGGGCAGAUACAUAGGUUCAGAAGACACACCCCAGCUGGCCCAUAGCAGAGAGUGCGCCAAGAUCAACAGUGAGAAAUACUACAAAAGUGCCUGGGAUGACAGCAAAGCCACUAGUUACCAGCUCGACGCCCAGUACAUCCCUCUGACCGUAGCCAAGAAGAACAGGGAGAUCGUCAGUGACGUAAAGUACCAUGAUGCCCACGAGAAGGCUAAGGGCCACUACAUGGCCGACACCCUGGUGGACUUCCCAGAGGUGGUGCGCUGUGGAGCACAGGAGAAACAAAAGCCCAUGAGGAUUUACCAGAAGGAGUACAACAGCACAAAGACCAAGUACAACAUCCCUGCAGACAUAAUUCCCAACGUGGUGGCUAAGAGGUGCCAGGACAUGCUCAGUGACGUUCUGUACCGCACCUACCUGCACAACUGGACCUGCCACCCUGAGCAGGAGGACAUUACCAGAGCCCGCAAGAACAACGAGAUCCUGAGUGAUAUCUUUUACAAAGAAGACCUGAACUGGAUAAAGGGUAUUGGCUGCUAUGUCUGGGACACUCCUGAGAUUGUCCGUGCCAAGAAAUCCUAUGAGUUGCAGAGCGACCUAAAAUACAAAGCAGAGGGUAAAAAGGAAUUCAACAACUACUCCAUCGUGACAGACACCCCUGUCUAUGUGACUGCUCUCCUGGGUCAUACCUGGGCCAGUGAUUUGAACUAUAGGGAGGCUUAUCAUAAGGAAAAGCAUUUGUAUACCACCAUUUUGGACACGUAUGGCUAUGAGCACCGUUCCAACCUCAAGAAUGUCUACAGCAAUAAAAUGUAUACAUCUCUCUGGGACAAGAUCAAGGCUAAGUCUUACUCACUGCCGGUCGACACACACGCCUUGAAGCACGCCAAACAACAGAAGGUCAUCCUCAGCAGUGUGAAAUACAAGGAGGAUUACGAGAAGUUCAAGUCCCUAUAUAGCCUGCCCAAAUCCCUGGAGGACGACCCGCAAACUCUCCGCUGCAUCAAAGCCGGAAAAAUGGGUCUGGAUCGCUUGUACAGGGCAAACUAUGAGAAGACCAAAGCCAAGAACCACAUCCCCCCGGACAUGCUGGAUGUCCUGUCGGCCCGUUCCACUCAGAACGCUGUCAGUGAGAUAGGUUACAGGAAGUACCUGCACCAGUGGAUCUGUCUGCCCGACAUGCAGGUGUACGUCCAGGCACGCAAGGUCAACGAGCAGCUCAGCGACAUCUUCUACAAAGAUGACUUAAACUACCUGAAGGGAAUUGGCUGUUAUGCCUGGGACACACCUGAGAUCUUGCGCGUCAAGGCUGCUGGAAACCAGCUGAGCGAGAACAAGUACAGAGCCAAGGGCAUUGAGUCCUUCAAAGAAUACUCUGUGGUUGUCGACACUCCAACUUAUGAGACAGCCAUACGGAGCUCCAUGAACCUGAGCGAUCUCCAUUACCGUAGUGACUACAACACUAAUGUCAAGGGAACGAACACUUCCCCUGCCGUCACUGUGGAUACGGAGAGGGUACGCCAGGUCAACGCAAUCCAGAGCGAUCACCUCUACAAAGUGGCCAACAAGAACUCCAUGCCCACCGGCUACUCUCUGCCCCACGACAAUCCUCUGAUGAAGCAAGCUAAACUGAACAGUGUCUCUGUCAGCGACGUGAAGUAUAAGAAUGAUUAUGAGAAGUCAAAGGCCACGAACUACACCCUGGACCCAGAAGGUGUCACCUUCCUGAACAUCAGGCAUGCCAACAAGGUCACCAACCAGCGUCUCUACCGUGAGCUCUACGAGAAGCAGAAGGACAAGUACCACAGCACCUAUGACACACCAGAAAUCAGACAGGUCAAGAUGACCCAGGAGGCGGUCAGCGACUUGUCCUACAAGGAGAAGUUCUUCAACGAAAGAGGCAUGAUGAUCGCCAUGGGCAUCACUCCACAGCAGAUGCACUGCCACCAUGUCAGCGAGAUCACCAGCGAGCUGAAAUACAAGGAGGAUCUUCAUUGGCUGAGAGGCAUUGGCUGCUGCCUGUAUAACACGCCUGAGAUGGUUCACGUCCGCAACAUCACCAAGUUCAGGGCCAACUAUGAGACUGAUGCAAAGAAGGCCCGGAACAACUAUACUGUGGUCCUGGACACACCGGAGUACCAGCGUGUCACAGAGCUUAAGACACACCUGAGCGACCUGAUGUACAGAGCCCACGGCAGGGAGGAGAAGACCAAGUGCACCACCACCCUGGACUCUGUCGACCUCAAGAGAGUCAAAUGGGCCCAACAGCUCACCAACAAGUAUAUGUACACCGACCUGGCCUCCAAGGAGAGAGCCCACUUCACACAGGAGAUGAACACCCCUGCCAUGAGCCACACCAGGUCUAUGAAGACCAUCUACAGCGAGAUCAAAUACAGGGAUCAGUACGAAAAGAUGAAGCACAGAUACACCAGCAUCGCCGACACGCCCUUCCUGAUCCGGGCCAAGAAGUCCUACCUCCAGUCCAGUGACUUGCGCUACAAGGAGAGCUUCGAGCUGGCCAAGGGACACUACCACUCCAUCAAGGAUGCCCUGGACAUCGUGUGUCAUCGCAGGGUCACCGACGACAUUAGCGAGGUCAAGUACAGGGAGAAGUACAUCAACUCUCUGGGUACAUGGAGGUCUAUCCCAGACCGCCCGGAAUUAGCCCACAGCCGAAUCAUCAGCAAUAACUCCAGCGACGUCAAGUACAAGGAGGACCUGGAUUGGUUGAGGGGUGUUGGCUGCUACGUAUGGGACAGACCUGAGAUGUUACAGGCUGAGAGGAACAAGACCCUGUACAGCGAGAGACUCUACAAAGCAAACUACGAGAAAAACAAGCACCACUUCAAGUACACGUGCGACAGUCCAUUCUUCGAGGCUGCUAAGAACGCCUCCAUUCUCAUCAACAAUAAAAGGUAUAGGUCCAGGGCAAAGGAGCUCUUAAAGAAUGGCUGCAAUGAGCUGCUCCGCCCUGACAUCCUCAGUGCCAUUUAUCAGUCCAGCGUCCAGUGUAAGUGGAAGUACAGGGAGCAGUAUGAGCGUGCUAAGGACAAGUUCACCUCCAUCCUGGAAACACCAUGGCACGAGAGCCAUAAACGCGUCAAAGCCCUGGCGGACAAUCUCUAUAAGAUGGAGUAUAACAAGACCAAGGCCACAGGCUAUACCCUUGGCCACGACACUCCACACAGCACACACAUGAAGAAGGUCAAAGAGAUCACCAGUGUGCUGAGGUACAAGGAGGUGUAUGAGAAAAGCAAGGCCCAGAUCAACAUGGACCCUGAAUCCUUUGAAAUCCGUGCUGCCAAGGAAGCUUACCGGAACAUCAGCAAUCUGGACUACAGGAAGAAGUACGAGGCCACAAAGAACAAGUGGAUCUGGACUGUAGACAGACCAGACUUCAUCCAGGCUUCCAAGGCCAACUUGCAGCAGAGUGAUGUUGAGUACAAAUAUGACAAGGAGCUGAUGAAAGGUUGUGUGACGCCCAUCGUUGAUGACAAGUUAGCCGUCCUGGCUAAGCAGAAUUCUGAAUUAAGCAAUGUGAAAUAUAGGGAGAAGUUUGAGAAGGAAAAGGGUCAGUAUCUGACUGUUCUGGACACUCCUGCUAACCUUCAUGCCAAGGCAGUGCGUCUUCUUGCAUCUGAGAGUAAAUACAAGCUGGAAAGCAAGAAGGAUCAGCAGAACAGCAAAUUCACCACCCUGUCCCAGACCCGUGACACGAACCACGCUAAGGACAUGGGCAAACUGGUCAGCCAGAAACAGUACAAGCAGAAGUUUGAGAAGGAGAAGGGCCAGUCCAAGUAUAACAACAUGACGGUGCCUCCAGAUGUCCAGCAUGCCAUGGAAGUGGCCAAGAACCAGAGCAACAUCGCCUACAAGAAGGAGGCUAAGGCCAAGCUGAACUACACCUCUGUGGCGAUGCGUCCAGACAUCAUGAAGGCCACCCAGGCCUCCAGGCUUGCCAGCAAUAUUGGCUACCGUGACAAAGCCCGCCAGGAGGCCGCCCAUGGAGGCUCCCUGACUUACCGUCCAGACAUCACGUUGGCCACUGAGGUGUCCAAGCUGACCAGCCAGGCGGAGGCGGAGGCCAGGCCCUCCCUCCACGGAGCUGCUUCCAUUGACACUCCCCAGAGUCGCCAUCUUAAGAAAAUGAGUGCCCUGACUAGUAAUCUGAAGUACAAGGAGAAGUUUGACAAAGAGAAGGGACUAAGGCCGAAGUAUGACAUGAAGGAGAGUGUGAUUUACAAGACCCAAAAGGACGCCAACAGGCUGGCUAGUGAGGUGAAGUACAAGGGUGACCUGAAGAAGCUCCACAAGCCUGUGACCGACAUGGCAGAAUCUCUGUCCAUGCAGCACAACCUGAGCACCAGCAAGCUAUCCAGUGAUUACCAGUACAAGAAGAAGCAUGAGAACAGUAAGGGUCACUACCUCAUGAUUGCUGACACACCAGAACAGCUCCAUCACAAGGAGGCUUCAGAACUACAGAGUCACGUAAAGUACAAGGAGAAGUAUGAGAAGGGUAAAGGAAAGGCCAUGCUGGACUUCGAGACACCAGUCUAUAUGACAGCUAAGGAAGCCCAGCACAUGCAGAGCGCGAAAGAUUACAGGAGGGAUCUUGAGGAGGGGGUGAAGGGUAAAGGGCUUACUGUUUUUGAGGAAACUCCGGAGCUUUUGAGAGCAAAGAAUGCUACUGCUAUCCUGAGUCAGAGAGAGUACAAGAAGACAUUGGAGACAGAAAUCAAGGGCAAAGGCAUGUUGGCUUUGGCUACAGACACCCCAGACUUCAUGAGGGCUAGGAAUGCUACUGACAUCCUCAGCCAGCAAAAGUACAAACAGACAGCUGAAGCGGACAGAGCGAGCUAUACAUCUGUGAUCGACACGCCCGACAUCCUCCACGCGCAGAACAUCAGGAACCUAGUCAGCCAGAAAAAGUACAAGGAGGAAGCUGAGAAGACAAUGUCUCAUUACGUGCCCAUCCUGGACACCCCUGAGAUGCUGAGGGUCCGCGAGAACCAGAGGAACUUCAGCACUCUUCAGUACCAGACAGACCACCUUAAAAACGUAAAGGGCAAAGUGUCGUCAAUAAAGGACACCCCUGAAAUGCUACGUGUUAAAGAGAAUACAAAGAAUUUCAGCUCGAUUUACUACAAAGAGGAUUUGGGAGGAGGAACAGCUAUAUCAGACACCCCAGAGAUGGACAGAGUUAAACGCAAUCAGACAAACAUUAGCACGAUAAAGUACAAGGACUCGUUGGGUCAGGGCACAUCCAUCCCAGACCUACCGGAGGUGGAGAGGGUUCGUCAGACGCAGAAGAACAUCAGCUCGAUUCAGUACAAAGAGGAUUUGGGAGGAGGAACAGCUCUGUCAGAGACCCCAGAGAUGGACAGAGUUAAACGCAAUCAGCUAAACAUUAGCACGAUAAAGUACAAGGACUCGUUGGGUCAGGGCACAGCCAUCCCAGACCUACCGGAGGUGAAGAGGGUUCGUCAGAUGCAGAAGAACAUCAGCUCGGUGUUGUAUAAGGACAUUUCUGCAAAAGGAACGCCCCAGGUGUUCACUCCAGAGAUGGAGAGAGUGAAACGGAACCAAGAACACAUUAGCUCGGUGCUGUACUCUGACAGCUUCCGGAAGCAGGUCCAGGGCAAGGCUGCCUUCGUGUUGGACACACCUGAGAUGAGACGUGUCAAAGAGACUCAGCGCAACAUUUCUGGAGUGAAAUACCACCAGGACUUUGAGAAGAGUAAGGGCAGUUUCACUCCCACGACCACUGACCCUGUUAUGGAGCGCGUGAAGAAGAGCACGCAGGAGAUCAGUGACAUCAACUACCGCGGCAUCCAGAGACGCGUGGUCGAGAUGGAGAAGAGACGCGUUGUGGAGCACGAACAAGAAACUGUCACUGAUCUGCGUGUGUGGCGCACCAACCCUGGAUCCGUGUUCGACUACGACCCAGCUGAGGACAACAUCCAGUCCAGGAGUCUGCACAUGAUGUCAGUCCAAGCCCAGCGUCGCAGCAAGGAGCACUCCCGCUCCACCAGUGCCAUGAGCGGUGUUGGUGAUGAGAAGUCAGAGGUGUCUGAGGACCCAGGACACCACAUGUCCCUGUACAGCAAUGGCUUCGCUACCCCCUCUAUGGGCUUCACACAUGCCAAGACCGUGGAGGUGCAGCAGAGGUCUUCCUCCGUAGCCACCCAGCAGACCACCGUGUCCUCCGUUCCCUCUCACCCCUCCACCACCGGGAAAACGGUGCGUGCCCUGUACGACUACUCCGCUGCCGAUAGCGACGAAGUGUCCUUUAAGGACGGCGAUGUCAUCGUGAACGUGCAGUCCAUCGACGAGGGGUGGAUGUACGGCACCGUGCAGCGCUCAGGCAAGACUGGCAUGCUGCCGGCCAAUUACGUUGAGGCGAUCUAGAGACCCAGCCCGCCCACCUCCCCAGUGGGUGAGACACGUCCACCACGCAGCCUGUUUGACCACCACCUGCGGCUGGACCUGUUGCUUUGUAAACCUGUUUCAUGUGUAGACUACUGAUUAGGUUUUAGUAGCGGUGUAUUUGUCUUGUUUUAUUAUUAUUGUAGUGUGUUGUCCAUUUAACCUAUCCCCUGUGGAUAUGACAUGACAAGCUGGAAUGACAUAAAUAUGCACAAUUAUAUACGUACAACAGAGGAUUGUAGAACGUAAAACCUUUUCCGAGGCCGUGUUGUCUCGCAGGAACAAUGUGAUAAAAGCCCGUCAUUUUGUAAUUUGCAGACAGAAUCUUAUUUAAUAAAUUCAGUUGAAUGUGUUUUUGGAAAGCUUUACUGAAUGUUAACUUUCACACAAGAUGAGAUGGGCUUAUAUGCAAUUCAAACUUUCCCGUAACAGAAAGUGAAGUGUGGAUGAUAGGAAAGGAAUGUAUGGGAGAAUCAAAGUAGGAUUUUCACCUAAGACCACAAGGGGUUGAUAAAAGACAAAGAAAGACUAAGAGGUGUAACCUUGCAAACCGUAAUGAGGCAUCAUAAAUUGCCUCAGACCGGACCUUAAAUCAGGGGUCUGUUCAAGAAACAAACAUUCAGAUAGAAAUGUAUUGGUUCAAAUGGAUAAUGGCAGAAAAUAGAAUCAUGUCUGUUUUAUUCACCAUUCUACAUCGCCGAUUGUUUCAUGAGUUUCUGACGAGUUGAGUUGUGAAGUUUUAAGAGACGAGCCUCUUCCCUCCUGAAGUGGCUGAAGGCAGGCCACUAGUUGCAUGUGUGUUUUGUUUCUUCUGAUUACCUCAGUCUGGGGGAAAAGGAAGUGUUACCUUAUCAGUAGCUAAUAAAGCACACCAAGCUUCUGCACUCCUGCAA